GCAUUUGCUGGAAGAGCACUACAUUCAGAUCAGUUCUCUGAUGGUUUUACCAUAAUACGCAGUUUAUACGUGACCCUAGAAAUAACGUGGCUGCUAGUCUAGAUUGACCAUGCUUUACCACUUGGCGGCUGGCUUGACUGCAGUAGCCCCUCAUGAGCCUUUGGAGUAUCAUUCCAUGGCUAGAACUUUUAGAACUUCCUCUAAAGAAGAGUCAGUUUCGUCUGUGUACUCAUUUCAACUUGAUUACAUUGUAUAUUACACAAUUCUCUUUUUCUUUGAAGCACCAGGCAUUUUAUUGCAUUUUUGUUUUGCAGUCUUUUAUUUUCCUCUGCAAGCAUGUUCUAUGUGGCCUUUUUGUCCCCACAACUACAUUCAGAAAGUUUACAGUGUUCAGAAAGUUUCUCCCGUGCAGCAACAAAUAUAGUCACAGUUUCUCCCUCUUCCUGAUUUUCUCUUGUGAAACCGAAAUCAUUCCGUGAUCACCACAAUCUGUGUAUACGUUUUCUCAUCUGGUUAAGACGGCUGUACGAGACUGCGUAGCACAGUGAAGGGAGCAGAGGAGAAACUGGUGCUGACAGAGUCAAACAGAAGAUGUGAUGGAGGGAUGCCUGACACUCAUUUUACUCUCCUCUAUAAUUACUCUAACCACAUCUGAUUUUGAGACUGUUAGGUUGGUUGGUGGUAACAGUCAUUGCAGUGGUAGAGUGGAGGUUCAUCUUAAUGGACAGUGGGGAAGAGUGUGUGGUACUGACUGGGAGAUGACUGAUGCUUCAGUGGUGUGUAGAGAGCUGGAAUGUGGAGAAGCUGUAGAGGCUCUGAGUGGUGGUCACUUUGGACGAGGCUUGGAACAAAUCUGGAUGGAUGAUGUGGCCUGUCAGGGAUCAGAGUCCUCACUGAUGAGCUGUAGAUCAAGUAGAUGGGAUGCUUAUAAUUGUGAAGAUGCUGGAGUCAGAUGCUCAGAAACUAUAAAAUAUGGAAGGACAAGACUUGUGGACGGGUCUCACCUGUGCUCUGGAAGAGUGGAGAUGCUUCUUGUAGGUGGAUGGAGUUCAGUGUGCGACGCUGUCUUUGACCUGCAGGAUGCAGAGGUUGUAUGUAGAGAGCUGGACUGUGGGGCUCCUGUAAAGUUGCUGGGAGCUGCUGCUUUUGGUAAAGGACACGCUCAGAUGUGGGCACAAGAGAUUCAGUGUAGAGGAAAUGAAUCACGCAUUCGAAGCUGUCCAUCAUCAAAGUCAUAUAAAGUAACCUGCACUCAUGAAAAUGAUGUCGGACUGAUAUGUUCUGGUUACACAGAUCUCAGGCUGGAAGAGGGUCCUGACAUGUGUUCAGGUCGAGUUGAACAUCAGUUUAACAGUAGAUGGGGCACAGUGUGCAAUGCAUGCUGGGAUAUGAGAGCUGCCAGUGUCCUCUGUAGACAGCUGAAUUGUGGGAUUGCUGUGUCCGUUGUGGGAUCAGACUGGUUUGGAGAGGGAAGUGGUGAAAUCUGGGCUGAUGUGUUUGAUUGUGACGGGAGCGAAGGAAAACUCUCUGAAUGUUCCAUCUCUUCAUGGAGUCGAGCUGAAUGUUCUCAUAGACGAGAUGUUGGUGUCAUCUGCUCUAGUGAGUCCAUAAUACUAUUCAACUCUGGCUCUUCAUGA